GCAACACCACCGCCGCGAUGGAACGUGCGAAUUGUUUUGGUUUUUCGUUUGCACGUUUUUGAAUACUUGAUUUGGAAUUAUCGACAACUUCUAGAAAAAUAAGUUAUUAUAAUGAAAACUGAAAAGAAUGAUAGUAAAAGUGAUAAGCUGCGACAGCGGCUAACAAGUAUGUUUAAGAAAGGAAAUGUGAAAGUAGGUACACAAGUCAAUGGUAAAGCCCAUAAGGAAGAGUUAAAGAAGGAGCCGUUGCCAACAAAAGUGGGAAUGCCGAAGAGUAAAGUCAGUGCUCAAGCUAAUGGCAAUGCUUCUAAGUCGGAUUUAAAUAAAGAACCGCUGCCGACAAAAGUGGGAAAGCUGAGAAAUAAAGUCAGUGCUCAAGUUAAUGGUAAAGCGUAUAAGGAAGCGUUAAAGAAGGAAAAAUUACCGACAAAAUUGGGAAACACGAAAAGUAAAACUAAUAGUAAUGCUUCAAAGGUGGAGUUAAAGAAGAACGGGCAGCCGACAGAAGUGGGAAAAGCUCAAAGAAAAACCAGUACACAAGUCAAUGGCAAUGCUCGAAAGGAGCAGUCAAAAAAGGAGCCGCUGCCAACAAAUGUGGGUCAAGCGAAAAGUAAUAUAAAGGCACCUUUACAAGACUUGCCAAAAAAUAAUAACAGAAAGAGGAAGCUACAGCAAAAUACUGCUCCCAAGCAGGAAAAGAAAUCGGCCACAGUUCCAAAAAAGCAGAACAAAAAUGCAAAAACCGUUGGUGGAGGUAAUCACCAAGAAGGCAAAGUUGAUUCAAAAACUAAUUCAACUACUAACGGCAAAGGUAAAAAAUCUAAUAACAAGAACAAGAAAGCUAAAGUGGUGAAGGAAGAGCAAAAAAUAAAUUUGCCAUUGGUACAACACAAUGGUAGCAAUAAUGCAGAAAUGUCGGGUAGCGAAGACAGCGAAGAUUAUUUUGAUUCUGAAGAAGAUUAUGACUCUGAUGACGCUUAUAGUUUUGAUGAUGAUUAUUUUCAUUAUGAUCAAUAUGACAAUGAUGAUUAUUCUGAUUCAGAUUCGAAUGAUGAGGAAUAUUUUAAAGACUAUGAAUAUGGCUAUGAAGAUUCUGAUUGUGAUUCUGAUUCCGAUUCUAAAUAUACUGAAAAUACCGAAAGUGAAAAUGAGUACCAUUACGACUCCGAUCCAUUUUCCGGAGCUGAUCCAGAUUAUGAACUUCCACGAAAUGUUGCAGAAGAUUUAGUCAUACACAGAGGCACUGCACAGAAGCAUGAUUUGAGCGAAGAACAUAAUGUUGAAUUCGAUAGUGAUAACGAUGAACCACAAGUAGUCGAAUUGGUUGUAGAAAGUAAAAUUAGUGAAAUAAAACAACCGGAUGCAUAUGCAAAAACUGAAUUACAUAGAUUAAAUGUGGAGUUUAUUAAACCAAAUAAAACACCCGUCGUAACAAAUGAAUUGAAAGAAAAAGUUGAAAAUGAGAAUGACUGCCCACAACUAGUACCAAUAGUUGAUGAAGAUGGAUUUCAACUUUACAACCCAGACAGUGAUUCUAGUGAUUACAGUUCGUAUGAGGAAGAGGAAGUGAGUGAUGAAAGCUCUAUACCUGAGGAGGAUAUAAACUUGAAAUACACUUGCAGUGGAAAUGUUUGCGAUAGCGAUUGUGAUAGUGACGAUAGUUUACCAGCAAAGAAACGAAAACCAAUUUUCAAUUUAGGCAUUGUUAAUGUAGAAAACUGCAUUCCACAAGAAAAUAGUGAAAGUGUGAUUAGAAAUGAUGAAGCAGAAAUUGAUAAACCGAUUUUAAAUAUGCUCCAUACCGCAAAUACAAAAUGUGAUAAAAAUACAAUAAUAACAGUUAACAUAUGUGAGCGAACAACGACUUCAGAGCCACUGGAAGAAACAGUUGAAAAGAAGUCUGAUAAUAAAGCUACACAAGCAUCUGCUGAGUAUGAAAAACAAAAUGUCAAUGCAAAUUCGCUUAAUCAGCCUAUAAAUCAGGAAACUGAAUUAGUUGCAGUGAAUGAAACUGUAAACGAUGAUGUUGUUAUGGUCACUCCAAGUCUAAACGAAGAAAUUGUGGUAGCUGCUGAGAAGGAGAUUGAAGAUCUCAAUGAGGAAAUGGACGUAAGCGCUGAUUUUGAUGACGAGAUAGCUAAAAGCUUUAAUAUAAAUGAAAUCAUAAACCAUAAUCAGGAAACAGCUACUUUUCGUUCAAUUUUUACUAACGCUGUCAAUUCAAAUCUUGUACUUGUGUUGGUAAAAGAACCAUUCUAUUUAUAUGGAACAGUUACUGCAACACUUUUAGCUGGCAAAGUUGAAAUAUACGGUUAUACACCACGUCUCAAUGAAGAGUUGGAAAUAUUUUCACCGCGUGGCUGCUGUAGCGUUGAUAUAACCAGCAUUCCAUCAAAUGCAUCAGAUAACGAUAAAGCAUACGAAAAUUCAAUGGAUUCUCUACAAUCCGCAUUUAGUUCAGUUGAUUUGGAGCGCAUAGAGAAGGCUUUUGAAAGUGGUCGCGAUGCAUUGUUGCUAUUGCAACGUAAUAAUCGUCGAAAGAAAUUGAAAAAUAUUUUCAAAAAAUAUAUGAAUGAAAAUGUGUUCCCCAACAUGAAUUCCAUACAAACAGAUCGACCGCUUUAUGCCAGUGAAUAUCUACUCGAUUGCGUCUUGAAUAUAGAUACUGAAAGAUCUUUGCGUAUACCAAAAGAAUGGCGUGACUUAUACUUUACCAACAAUUCGAAAGUUUUGCUGGCCGGUGGCAAGUCGGUGGGCAAGUCGACGCUGCUCCGUUAUCUAUUAAAUCGUCACUUAGAGCACAGUGAACGUGUGCUUGUCAUUGAUCUCGAUAUUGGACAAGCGGAACUUUUCACACCACAAACUGUUUCCUGCACUGUUUUGACACAGCCUUUGCUGGGACCUGGCUUCUUUCUCAAUCACCAACCUACACGUGCGUAUGCUGUAGGACAUUGCAACAUUAUACUUUGUGCUCAAGCGUAUAUGCGCGCCGUUAAAAAGUUAAUUGAUUACUGUAAUUCAAACAAGGAAUUUGCGGAGAUGCCUUGGCUGAUUAACACAAUGGGUUAUAAUAAAGGAUUUGGCUUGGAAGUGAUGCACGUUAUUACACAGUUGAUAAGACCAACCGAUGUAGUGCAAUUGCAAAGUAACAGAGAAAUUAAUAAUUUUGAUAUUUUGUUGCAUUCACAUGCGUUAGCGCGGUUAGAGCGUACGAUUUACACACAGGAUGAAUUCAAAGCGCAGAAGAGUGAUUCAGCAACGGUGGAGUAUCGACUGCAUAUUUUAUCCUCAGCUAUAUUGCAAGAGAGUCGCUAUCAACGAGAUUGGGAAAUGAGUGCUAAAGAUUUGCGUUACGCAACUUUGCUAUCGCGACUGAGCGAUGUGUUGCAGGGCAGUGCUGAGUGGCUGACCGAUUGUAUGCCAUUUGGCGUAUUUAUUGACAAGUUACAGCUAGUGAAUUUGGUUUCCAAUAAAUCGUCACGCGAAGAGCUGAUCCACGCUUUCGAAGCAAAUUUAGUGUACUUGUGUCGGAAGGAAGUGGAAAAUGAAAAUAAUGAACCAAUUGAAUGUUUCGGCAUUGGUAUUGUGCGCGCCAUUGACCACAAAAAAUUAUACCUACUGCCGGCGAUGUCUUACGACAAAUUGAGCGUAGUGAAUUGCUUAGCUUUGGGUGAAAUGCCGCUACCGGCAUCAUUGUUCACAAAUCAAGGACCCAGAGUGUGUCAUAUGGCGGCUUAUCUUUACAAUACAGUUGAUGCGAAAACUUCCAAAUCGAUUAAGCAAAUUUAUCAUCGCCCAACACAAUUUCUGACAGGGAAACAUAAAAACGUGCUUGGCGAAUAG